AUGCCAGGCGGCAAAGGAAAGACGGGAGGCAAGACAGGUGGAAAGGGUGACUCGCACGUCAAGACGUCCAAAUCGCACUCCGCCAAAGCCGGUCUCCAAUUCCCCUGCGGUCGUAUAAAGCGUCAUCUCCGCACCAUCACGCGCCAGAAGACGCGCAUCGGCGCAAAGGCCUCCAUCUACUUGACCGCCGUCCUCGAGUACCUUACCGCUGAAGUGCUUGAACUCGCCGGCAACGCCGCCAAGGAUCUCAAGGUCAAGCGCAUCACCCCGCGCCAUCUCCAGCUCGCCAUCCGCGGUGACGAAGAACUCGACACGCUUAUUCGCGCGACGAUUGCCUUUGGAGGUGUCUUGCCACACAUCAACCGCGCGCUGCUGUUGAAGGUGGAGCAGAAGAAGAAAGGUGUCAAGCCUGCGGACGCCUAA